UCCUUGUGUGUCCUUGGUCGGCUUUCAAAUUCCACCUGGAGCAGAAUUUCCAGCCUAGCCAUGAAAAUGCAAAUAUUCAAUGCAAGAGCUGCUUCUUGCCGAUAUACUCACUCACAGUGGCGGAUGCAGAAUAUUGUGCAUGACUCUGGCGACAGCUCAGAGGAUGAAUUCUUCGAUGCACGAGAUGAGGUGAUGGAAGGUAAAAAUGCUCUUCUGCUAGGGAUGAGCACAUGGAACUCAAAUGAUCUGGUGGAACAGAUUGAGACAAUAGGGAAGUUGGAUGAUGGCCAAGGGGAUGCAUACAGAGAUUCUCUCAGUAGGCAGGUAUGUCCUACCCAAAGCAGCAUAGAGGGACAAGAGGAUUCAGAGGAUGUGAGAAAGUGCAAGAUCCGUGUACUUAUCCUGAUACUACAUGGAGGGAAUAUUCUGGACGCAGGAGGAGGAGACCAGAACUCCAAGGCAGCUGAUGUCAAUACCUUUACUUCAGUCCUCGAAAAAGUGACCAGUGACCAUUUUCCAGCAGCUCUCGGCCAUUUUCUCGUCAAGUUAGUCCCCUGCCCUCCUAUCUGCUCUGAGGCAUUCUCACUGGUUUCUAAUUUAAAUCCAUACAGCUAUGAUGAAGGUUGCCUGAGCAGCAAUGAGGAUCACAUUCCACUGGCCGCAUUGCCCCUGCUUGCAAUCUCUUCACCUCAGUAUCAGGAUGCGGUUGCGACAGUGAUCAACCGAACAAACCAGAUCUACAAUGAGUUUCUGAAAUCUGAAGAUGGGAUUGGAUUCAAUGGCCAGGUCUGCUUAAUUGGUGACUGUGUGGGAGGAAUUCUGGGAUUUGACGCCUUGUGUUACAGUUCACACACAACAUGCGAAAGCCAGAACAGCAGCAGGAGAGGGAGCAUCGGUAGCAUUCAGGAUGAACCUGGAUCGGACUUGAGCACCAGUAAACGACUUAGCAAAAGUAACAUUGACAUCUCGGGGAUCGAAACUAAGGAACCAAGAAAGCUAUUGUCAAGAAAACAGAGUGACUCUUCUACCUAUGACUGUGAUGCCAUAACACAGCACCACUCUCUUCUGUCAAGAAUUCACUCCAGUGCGUUAAACGAUGACCCUGAUUUACAGAGGAUGAACAGCACCAAUAUAUUGGAUGGAACCACAGUUCGAUUUGACUUUGAUGUCUCUGACUUCUUUCUCUUUGGUUCCCCGCUGGCCUUGGUUUUGGCGAUGAGGUGGACGGUUCUCCCUUCGGUUGAAGUGGCUCAGCUGCGGCCUGCUUGCACCCAGGUAUACAGCCUCUUCCAUUCCGCUGAUCCCUCUGCCUGUCGCCUGGAGCCACUGUUGGAGAAAAGGUUCCAUCUCUUGCCUCCAGUCUCUGUUCCAAGGUAUCAGAGAUACCCGCUGGGCGACGGGAAUUCCACUCUCCUGGCUGAUGUCAUACCAAGCCACCAAUCUCUCUUUCUGGAAAGUUCUAUUGUACCCAUGUCCCCUAACACACUACUGACACAAUUGCAACGAGAAAUCCGCAGAAGCAGUCAGGCCAGCAUUACCAGCGAGGUGUCAGGUUCCUCGGAGAAUUUUUUUGCAGCUAAUAUUGCCAGCAUUACUGCAAAGUGGUGGGGAACUAAAAGGAUAGAUUACGCAUUGUACUGUCCUGAUGCAUUGACAGCUUUUCCAACUGUGGCACUACCACAUCUCUUCCAUGCCAGCUACUGGGAAUCGAACGACGUGUUGGCAUUUGUUCUACGACAGGUAAUGAGGUAUGAAAGUGUGAACAUAAAGGAGAACGACAGCAAGGAUCCAUCCGCAUGCAGUGAGUCAAGUCCUCGGGAGAAAUGGCUUCGCAGACGAACACACGUGAAGCUCAGGAAUGUCACAGCGAAUCACAGAGCCAAUGAUGUCAUCGUGGUGGAAGGUGUCCCUCAGACGCUGGUGGGGAGGUUUAUGUAUGGUCCUCUCGACAUGGUCACCCUGACUGGAGAAAAGGUUGACAUUUUGCUCAUGACGCAGCCCCCUGCGGGCAGGUGGGUGUAUUUUGACACCGAAAUCACCAGCAACAGCGGUAGGAUCCUGUAUACCAUACCGGACGAGAAGAGGCUCAAUGUUGGCGUUUACCCUGUGAAGAUGGUUGUAAGAGGAGAUCAGACUUUUGCAGAAAGCUACCUGACUGUGUUGCCGAAAGGGAUGGAGUGCGUGGUCUUCAGCAUUGAUGGCUCCUUUGCUGCAAGUGUCUCCAUCAUGGGCAGUGACCCAAAGGUUCGGGCUGGAGCAGUGGACGUGGUCAGACACUGGCAGGACCUGGGCUAUCUCAUCAUUUACAUCACUGGACGGCCAGACAUGCAGAAGCAGCGAGUGGUGUCCUGGCUGGGCCAACAUAAUUUCCCGCAGGGUAUGAUUACCUUUUCUGAAGGUCUGGUCCACGAUCCCUUGCGACAAAAAACCAUCUUCUUACGCAACCUGGUGCAAGAGUCCCACAUCAAAAUUGCUGCGGCCUAUGGAUCAAUGAAGGAUAUUUCAGUUUACAACGUGCUGGGUCUGUCCCCCUCUCAAAUCCACAUUGUGGGACGUCCCUCAAAGAAAUACCAGAAUCAAUGUCAGUUUCUCUCUGAAGGUUACGCUGCUCAUUUGGCCCGGCUGGAGUUCAGCCACCGCUCACGCCCGAAGAAGAGCAACUCCCGGAUGAUCCUACGGAAGGGGAGCUUCGGACUCACCGCGCAGCCGGACUUCCUCCGGAAACGCAACCACCUGCGCAGGACGAUGUCGGUGCAGCAACCGGACCCGCCGUCCUGCAACCCCAAGCCCGAGCGAGCGCAGAGCCAGCCCGAGUCCGACAAGGUUGAAAGGCACCCCUACAGCAUAGCCUGGGCCCGCAGUGGAGGGUCCAAGUCGGAGCCAGAUCUACAGCUGAAAUUAUGGCAAAGCUGGCAAUAUUGUCAAACAAGAAUAAACCUAAUAGGAAGAGAAAUCGGGAUCCCGAUGGAGUCCAGAAUGAAAUGGUGAAGACCAUUACUCACUCCUCUACUCAG